AUGAAAGUGAUAAAAAAUAAAUUAUCACUAGAAGAUAAAGAAUUUCUUGAAAAAUAUUUUGAAAACAACUCCAGGCCUAAUGAUAAGGAGAAGAAUGAAAUAGCGCACUUUUUAAAGGUAUCAUACAGAAAAAUUAAGAAUUGGUUUCAAAAUAGGCGGGCUAAGGAGAGAUUAUGCAUGACUUAUGAAAAAAUAUCUGAACACGAAAUUGAGGAAAAUAAAGUUUACCCUCAAUGUAAUUCUUUGUAUUUAAGGUAUUUUUUAUUCUAA